AGUCUGACUCAAGACACCAGUUCUAAGAGUGUCCAGAAGCCCAGAGCAGAGUCACCUACACCCAGCCGGGAACCUCUGAGACGUGGCAAAAUGUCUGAACAACAGAUGAAAAGCUCUGACUACCAGUUGGACUACGAAAACGUUCAGGAUCCAGUUGAGACGAUGGAGGGGAUUGUCAGCCAGGGUGCUGUAAUGUUCACACACAACCCUCUGGGUAUGAGGAGUCAAACUCUUCUGACAGUCCAACAAGACAUUAAGGCUAAACUGAAACACAAGUAUCAACACAUAUCUGAAGGAAUUGGACACCAUGGAAACCAAAGUCUGUUAAAGGACAUCUACACAGAGCUCUACAUCACAGAGGGUGGAAGUGGAGGGGUCAAUAAUGAACAUGAGGUGAGACAGAUAGAGAUGGCAUCCAAGAAACAAACCACACAAGAGACACCAAUCAAAUGCAACGACAUCUUCAAGCCUUUACCUGGACAAGACAAACCUAUCAGAACUGUGCUGACAAAAGGAAUCGCUGGCAUUGGAAAAACAGUCUCUGUGCAGAAGGUCAUCCUUGACUGGGCAGAGGGAAAAGCAAAUCAGGACGUUAAUUUCAUGUUUCCUCUUCCUUUCCGUGAUCUGAACCUGAAAAAGGACCAAUACAGUCUGAUGCAACUUCUUUCCCACUACUUCUCAGAGCUGAAAGAGAUUGACAACAUUGAAGAUGGUGAAACCAAAACUGUUUUCAUUUUUGAUGGUCUGGAUGAGUGUCGACUUCCUCUAGACUUCAAAAACAAUGAGAGGUGCUGUGAUGUCACGAAGCCAACCUCAGUGGACGUGCUGUGACAAACCUCAUCAAGGGGAAUCUGCUUCCCUCUGCUCUCCUCUGGAUAACCUCACGGCCUGCAGCAGCCAAUCA